AUGAGUGAUGAUGCGCUGACGGGGAAUUGCAUGGCUAUGCUGAUCGAUGGGUUUGAGGAGGUAUGCAGUACGCUGGCUUAUACGAUUUAUUAUCUUGCGAAAGAGCCACGGGUGCAAGCCAAAUUACGUGCCGAACUAGUGCAAACGCAAAGGCGUGAAAAUUGCAAGGAACUCUCUUUUGACACUUUGAUGUCUCUUUCCUAUCUGAACCACUGCAUAUAUGAAACUUUGCGCCUAAGUCCUACAGUACCCUACUGUCGUCGCGUCUGCAGUAAUGCCAACGUGGUGCAGCUUUCUAAGCACAAAACGCUGCAGCUGGAUGAUGGCAUGAUGUUGUGUGUACCCGUUUACUCUUAUCAUCACGAUCCCCUAAUCUUCUGUGAACCAAAUUCAUUCAUGCCCGAACGCUUCGAGAACGUUGCACCAAAGGAAUUAAUGGAGAGUCGAGUUUUUCUGCCAUUCGGUGCUGGACCGAGAAGCUGUUUGGGCAAGGACUUGGCUAUGGUAAUUAUAAAAUCGGCUCUAGUGCCUAUAGUUUCGCAGUUUGCCAUUAGCACUUGUGGACGGACACAGCACGGCAAUAACCGAGGUAUUGAUUCAUUUCUACUCAAUCUGAAUGAAAAACUUAUGCUAGAAAUUAGGAGAUUAUGACUUAUCUAUUUUACCAAUUCAUAAUAUAAUGGAACUGCUUAUUUUUA